AUGGCAGUAAUAAAAGCUUUUGCAAACGGCAACAUUACAUACUCAGUCAUCGAUCAAAUGCCUGCAGAAAGUGGUCACCGGUGGUCAGAUGAAGAUUGCUCAAUAAAAUGUGAUAAUGCCAAAUUCAACAAAAAACCAUUAUUAGUAAUUAGUUUGGAUGGUUUCAAGCGCUCUUAUUUAGAACACAGCACUGCAGAUGCAUUACAAAAUGUUGCUAAAUGUGGAGCAACUGCUGAAAUUAUAAAUAUGAAAGUCUGCUUUGAUAGCUAUCAGAAUUUGCUCAGUUACAAAUAUAUGUAUGCAAGUUAUCCAAGUAAGACUUUCCCUAAUCACUAUGCCAUUGUUACCGGUUUAUAUCCAGAAAGCAGCGGCAUUGUUGAUAAUAAUAUUUAUGAUAAUCAGUUUUCAAGUGAACUAAUUGAUAUACGACGUGUCAAAGAUGCUCGUUAUUUCAAAGGCACUCCAAUUUGGAAUUUAUUGGAACAACGGAACAUCUCUACUGCUUGUUUAUAUUGGGCCGGUUGUGACUUUCUCAUUAAUGGCUUGAAGCCAAAAUACAAUCUGAAAUAUAAUAGUUCAAUGUCGAAUUCUGAUCGAAUAAAACAGAUAGUUUCAUGGCUUGAUAUGCCUUCGGAUGAACGACCUCAACUGAUUAUGGCAUAUUUUGAUCAGCCUGACCGUACUGCUAAUAGCUAUACCGUAAAGGUUUAUAAAAUGGUGAAGGCUAUGGAUUUGAUGAUAGAUGAUUUACUCGAUGAAAUUCAUCAAAUUAAUGCAUUGAACUGUGUCAAUAUCAUCAUUUUAUCCGAUCACGUAGAAAAACCAAAUAUUAUGAAUAAUUCUAUUUCUUCUGAUAGUAAUUUUGCUUUGGUGAUGAAUUUGGGAUAUUCAGGAAUGCAAGAACUUCGUCAUAGGCUGUAUUUGGAUACAAUGAUUAGUAAUUCAAAUACUCUGUUUGCUAAUGGCGUAGUUGGGCGGAUAUAUUUUCCAAAUAUUACAGAUAUUUCUAUUCUUCAAAAAAAUAUAGAGGAAACAAUGAAUGAAUUGAAAUGUUUCAAUAAGGAUAUCUUUCACGUUUAUGAUAAACGCCGUCUUCCAAAACGUUAUCAUUACAGCGCUUCAAAUAGAGUGGGUGACAUUAUCCUUGACGGCGAACCGGGUGCUAUUUUUUUCAGAAAUCAAGCCUCAGAUUACCACAUUACGCGUGACCAUGGAUAUGAUUUCAUGGUACCUUCUAUGCGGACAAUUUUUUACGCACGUGGACCAAAUAUCAAAAAUUUGGUAUUGAAACCGUUUCAAAAUAUUGAGCUAUUCAAUCUCAUGGCAGCGUUAUUAAACGUACCGCACGAAACUGUUCCCUCGAACAAUGGUACAGAAGGAAGAUUGAGUAGUGUCUUAAGAGACAUUGAUGUAAAAAAAGCAACUUCAAGUGAAGCGUUCAAUGUAUGCGAGACUACUGAUAACAAUUCUCAGCAAAAAAUCACUUGCUUUCUGGGAUCUUUACUUUCUGGCAACACUGAGCACUGUUAUCUCUGCAAAUGCUGUUCAAGUACACGCUUACCAUCAAUUUUGAUUAAGAGUUUAAAAAAUCUAAACGGAACAAUUGCUUUAAUUGAACAAGUCAAUGGCACACUCCCAUCUUGGAACGUUCCAAUUAAUAAGCAGUCAGCUGAAUGGAUGACAGUUAGUUUAAGUGUCGAAGGUAAUAACGAUGUGGAAGUUGAUCUCUACAGCAGUUUUGUGAACGGGUACUUUGCUGAUUUACAAAUGUUAACUUACAAUUAUUCCAAACUGUACAAUGAAAUAGUGGUUAUGAGUGGUGCAAUUUAUGAUUUCAACGAUGAUGGUGUGGCCGAUGCAGAACAGCUCUCAUUAUUGCAACGUCAAAGGCCUAGCCAUAUCUUUCGUAUUUUGUUUCGCUGUGAGGACGCAAAAUGGCUGAGAAACGAAUUGCAGUGCGAGAAGAGUAAUUCUAUUCGAGCUUUGCCACUGAUCUUACCAAAUGUUGGCAAAGACUAUAACUGUUUGAAUUCGUCAGCCUAUCUUAGUGCAAACAUUGCGAGGCUCAGAGACAUUGAGCUUCUUACGGGUUUAGAAUUUUUUUCAACUGUGCUCAUUUCUGACAGUCAAAUAUACGAUGAAGAAUUCUCAAUAACUUCGCGGACAAUAAUGCCAGAACAUUUAUGGUAA